AUGCACAAUGAGCCGAUCCUGCUGAUCGAGGUCGGAGCUGCUUUGGGCCUUAUCGCCCUCACCUCAGUUCCGGCCCUCGCAGGGCUCGUCAAGCAGUUCCGCUCCCGCAAGCCAAAAGAUCAUUUUUACGAGGACAGGGACGGAAAAAGCACUGCCGAGUCUUCAGCCGCCUUCUCAAACCGCUGGCCCAAAACCUUUAUUUUUCUCUUCGCUUUCCUAGGACUGGCUGUGUCGUUGGCCAACUCCAUCCUCGCCACUUCCUCAACUCGCGCCGGCAACAAGCUCGACAGCCCCUUCAUUGCUGAGUGGCUCGCAACCGGUGUAUCGAUCCUAUUGGCUCUGCAGGCCGUGGGCAUCGUCGCCACCAAUGACUCCGUUCACGCUUAUAACCUUGGUCUGUGGCUGUGGUUCUCCGGCUUAGUCUCGGCUGCCGUCCAGAUUCUGCAGGGCACUGUGGUUUUCGACCACCUCCUCAAGAACAACCCGACCUCGUUCGGCCUCAAAAUUGCUAGUCUGGCCCUCACCCUCGGUCUUGUUGUGACCGGUGUCGCUUUGCCCCGGAGACCCGAAGUCUACUUCGAGGGUAAGGCCGUCGACCGCCUCAGGACGGUGCCUGCUUACACCCGCUUUACUUGGGGCUGGUGCAGCGAGAUCCUUGACCUGGCCACCAAGAAGAAGGACCUCGAUGCAUCUGACCUCCCCAAGCCGGACCAUUGGACCAGGUCCAAGGACUCGGCUGUGGCGUGGAAGUCAUACAACUUCGAUUCCGACUCGAACCUAUGGUGGUCCAUCGUCUGGGCCUACCGCGUGCCCUUGUUCGUGCAAUGGUCCAUCGCCAUAUCCAAGGCGCUGUUGAGCUUCGCCCCUUCGUGGAUCACCUUGCAGAUCCUCGAGGCCCUCGAGCAUAGACACCCCGGCGACGAACUCCCUGUAGAUGUCUGGAUCCUGGUCUUUUGGCUCGGCCUCGCCAUCUUGGCCGACGCGUGGGCCGAGGCAACCAUGUUCUGGCUGUCCUGGGCCGAGCUGUGCAUCCCCCUCCGCGGCGCCCUGUCUGCUCUCAUCUUUGAGAAGUCCAUGCGAAGAAAGAACGUCAAGACUGCCUCCAAGCAGGAGGCCGAGUCGACGGAGCAGGAGACCAACGGAAAGGACGACCCGCAAUCCAAGGCCGACGACGAGGAAGAGGCCGAGGACGACAACGUCCUCAAGUCGAAGCAGGCCAUCAUCAACCUAAUCGGCGUCGACGCCAAGCGCAUCUCCGACUUCGCCGCCUUCCAGUUCCUUUUCCCCUCCAGCGGUGCCAAGUUGAUCGUUGCCAUCUGGUUCCUGGUUUAUCUGCUCGGCUGGGGCCCCCUCGGUGCUGGACUCCUCGCAUGGGCCAUUCUGCUCCCCAUCAACUUCACCUACGCCAAGGUCUAUUCCAAGGCGCAGGACAAACUGAUGAAGAUCCGUGACCAGAAGCUCGCCGUUGUCAAUGAGGCUCUCGUAGGCAUGCGUCAAAUCAAGUUUUCGGCGCUCGAGCCCCAGUGGGAGAAACGCAUACUCGAUAUGCGUGAGAAGGAGCUUGGUGCUCUUUGGCAAGUCUUCAAGGGCGACACGGUGCUUUUCGGCAUGUGGAUCACCAGUCCCAUCGCCUUGGCCGCCGUCUCCCUCGCCACCUACGCUUUCCUUAACGGCAACUUGAUCCCGUCGGUCGCUUUCGUCAGUAUCGGCGUCUUCAAGAACCUCGAGGUCACCCUGGCCGUCAUCCCCGAGCUCAUCACCGAUGUCAUCGACGCCAACAUCUCCGUCAAGAGAAUGCAGGACUACCUGAACGGGCCCGAGCUGACCAAGACCGUCACGGAGGGCCCCGAUGUCGCCUUUGAAAACGCCACCAUCGCCUGGCCCGUCGACGACGAGACAAAAGACGAGGAUAGGUUCAUAUUGCGCAACGUCAACGUCACUUUCCCUGCCGGCGAGUUGUCCGUCAUCUCUGGAAAGACUGGCACAGGCAAGAGUCUCAUGCUGGCAGCCAUUCUCGGCGAGUCCGAUCUCCUGUCCGGCACAAUCUACGCGCCCAAGCCUCCCCCGCUCCACGAGCGCAACGACGACAAGGCUAAUCGUGGCAAUUGGAUUAUCCCUGGUAGCAUCUCAUUCGUCGGGCAGAUCCCCUGGAUCGAGAACGCUACCUUGAAGAGCAAUAUUCUCUUCGGCCUCCCCCUGGACGAGGACCGCUACAACAAGACCAUCGAAGUCUGCGCCCUGAAGAAGGACCUGGAAAUGCUGGCAGACGGCGACAAGACGGAGCUGGGAGCUAACGGCAUCAACCUCAGCGGCGGCCAGAAGUGGCGCCUCACCCUCGCUCGUGCUAUCUACUCGCGCGCCGGCAUCCUCGUGCUGGACGACAUCUUCAGCGCCGUUGACGCCCACGUUGGCCGUCACAUCUACGAGAAGUGCCUCACCGGCGAGCUCUGCAAGGGCAGGACUCGCAUUCUGGUUACCCACCACGUCGCGCUCUGCGAGCCCAAGACCAAGUUCCUCGUCGAGCUCGGCGACGGCAGCGUCCAACACUCUGGUCUCUUGUCCGAAUUGUCCGAGGACGGAACCCUGCAACUGAUUAAGAGCCACGAGCAGGCUGCUUUGGAAAUUGCCGACGAGGAGGCCACUGCUGUCAACUCGGAGGAGGCGUCUGACGUUGAGCCUUCCGAGGUCACUGAGCUCAACGGCGAUGGCGGCAUCCUGAAGAAGGUUCCGUCAAAGGCUGCCCGCCAGUUUGUCGAAGACGAGACUCGUGAGAAGGGUUCCAUCAAGAAGCAUGUCUAUGCUGCAUACUUGAGCCAAAGUGGUGGCUGGCCCUGGUGGGGUUGUGGUUUCGGGCUCUUCGUCAUCUACCAGUUCGUUGUCAUCGGACGAUCAUGGUGGCUUCGCAUCUGGACUGGCCAGUCCGAGCGGUCCGUCAGCGCCUCCUCUUACCAUCAACCCCAGCAUCAAUACGCCUACGCCCUCACCCUCCAGCAUAGCGAGCUCCAUGUGCCGUCCGACAACGUCAGCAUCACGAUGGACAAGGAUACUCUAUUUUACCUGGCUGUCUACGUCGGCAUUUCGGCCUUCUCGGCCAUUCUCGGUACUGGUCGCUUCUUCUACUUCUUCGUCAUGAGCUACAAGGCCAGCCGCCGCAUGUUCGAGGGCAUAACCCGCACCGUCCUUCGCACCCCGCUCCGCUGGCUCGACACCGUCCCGACCGGCCGUGUCCUCAACCGAUUCACGGCCGACUUCAACGUCAUCGACAACCGCCUUGGCAUGGAUCUCUCGGGCGUCUUUGGCGCCGUCCUCAGCGUUCUCGGAAUCUGCAUCACCGCCUUCUACGUCUCCCCGCUCAUCAUCCCGCUGGCGUGUGUUCUCCUGCUCAUCGCCAUCUGGAUCGCUAUACGCUACCUCGCCGGCGCCAGGCCCGCCAAGCGCCUCGAGAGCACCACCAAGUCGCCCAUCUUCGACCUAUUCGGCUCUACGCUCGUCGGCAUGAUGACCAUCCGCGGCGCUGACAAAGCCCAAGUCUACAUCGACUCCAUGUACACGCGCCUGGACGAGUACGACAUGGCGUCGUGGCACCUGUGGUUGUUCAACCGUUGGAUGGGCUGGCGCAUGUCCCUCAUCGGCGCCAUGUUCUCCACCGCCGUCGGCUUCGUCGUCCUUGGCAGCCCCUUGAUGGGCCCCGCCCUCGCCGGCUUCACUCUGUCAUUCGCGCUCGAGUUCUCGCAGGCCAUUGUGUGGUCCAUCCGUCACUAUGCCAACAUCGAGCUCGACAUGAACGCCGCCGAGCGAGUCGUCGAGUACUCGGACCUCCAGACUGAGGACCAGGGUGGUAUACAGCCUCCCGCCACUUGGCCGACCGAAGGCCGCCUGGAGGUCAAGGACCUCGUCGUCAGCUACGCCGAGGACCUCUCCCCCGUCCUCAAGGGCCUGAGCUUCAGCGUGAACAAGAACGAGCGCGUCGGCGUCGUCGGCCGCACGGGCGCCGGGAAGUCUUCCCUGACCCUCGCCCUGUUCCGUUUCCUCGAGGCCCGCUCGGGAAGCAUCCACGUUGACGGCCUUGACAUCUCCAAGGUCAAGCUCCACGAGCUGCGGUCCCGUCUAGCCAUCAUCCCCCAGGACCCCGUCCUCUUCUCUGGCUCCAUUCGCUCUAACCUCGACCCCUUUGACAACCAGAGCGACGCCGACCUCCGCGACUCCCUGCAGCGCGUGCACCUCGUCGACUCGAACCCGUCGACCCCGGGCGAGCCUUCAUCGUACGCCGCUGUCGCCGCCGCCGGCAUCAGCGCGGCGGCGCCCACGCUCGACGCGUCGCAAAAGAACACCAACGUCUUCCGCAACCUCAACUCCCCCAUCUCCGAGGGCGGUGGCAACCUCUCGCAGGGCCAGCGCCAGCUGCUCUGCCUCGCGCGCGCCAUCGUGUCGCGACCCAAGGUCAUGGUACUCGACGAGGCGACGUCGGCUGUCGACAUGACAACGGAUGCGCUCAUCCAGCGGUCCAUCCGCGAAGAGUUCAACGACUCGACGCUCAUCGUCAUCGCCCACCGUCUCAGCACGAUUGCGGAUUUCGACCGCAUCCUGGUGCUGAGCGACGGCGCCGUCGCAGAGUACGGCAGCCCGAGGGAGCUGUGGGAUAAGGAGGGCAGCGUGUUCCGAGGCAUGUGCGAGGAGAGCGGCGAGAAGGAGAAGUUGAAAAACAUCAUUUUUGGUUGA